UUUUGGUCUGAUGGUGUGACGUCAUAAGACUGCGCCGCGCUUCAGCAUCUGUUGUGAUUCAGAUGGAGAAAGAAAAACUCCUGGUGAAGCGACUAAAGAUGGAUGUUAUUAUUAAAGAGGAGAUUGAAGACAUAAAGAUUGAAGAAACAUUCAGUGUGAAACAAGAAGAAACUGAGGAACAAACAGACCUGAUGGCACUGAAAGAGGAGAGUGAAGUACUGAAUGAAAUGGAAGAGAAAUAUCAAAAUAAUCAUGAUUUCAUUACUGAAGAAAAACCUUGUAGUUGCUCACAGACUGAAAACGCUUCCUCACAAAAAAUGGCUCAAAAGUCAGGGGCUAACAGUCAUUUCAGCUGCAAACAGUGUGGAAUCAGAAACACAAGCUUUAACAGGCAAACAGAAAUUCACACUGAAAAGCCUUUCACCUGCCAACAGUGUGGAAAAAGUUUCACUCAAAAAAGAAGUCUUAAUAAACACAAGGUAGUUCACACUGGAGAAAAGCCUUUCACCUGCCAACAGUGUGGAAAACGUUUCACCCGAAAAGAAACUCUUAAUUACCACAUGAGAAUUCACACUAAAGAGAACUUUUUCACCUGCCAAAAGUGUGGAAAAAGUUUCACCCGAAAGGCAAGCCUUAACAGGCACAUGGAAAUUCACAUUGAUAAGUUUUACACGUGUCCUCACUGCGGAAAGAUUUUUUAUCAUAAAGGACACUUUGUAGACCACUUGGUUGUUCACACUGGAGAGAGGCAUUUCACCUGCCAACAGUGUGGAAAAAGUUUCACUCAAAAAGGAAGUCUUAAUUGUCACAUGGUAGUUCACACUGGAGAGAAGCCUUUCACCUGCCAGCAGUGUGGAAAAAGAUUCACCCUAAAAGAAAGUCUUAAGUGCCACAUGAGAAUUCACACUAGAGAGAGCCUUUUCACCUGCCAACAGUGUGGAAAAAGUUUUACCCGAAAAGGAAGGCUUGAUUACCACAUGAGAAUUCACACCGGAGAGAAGCCCUUUACCUGCCAACAGUGUGGUAAAAGUUUCACCCAAAAAGGAGGCUUUAACAGGCACAUGAUAAUUCACACAAGAGAGAAGCCCUUUACCUGCCAACAGUGUGGAAAGAGUUUCAUUAGAGAAGGGAACCUUAAAGUGCACAUGAGAAUUCACACCGGAGAGAAGCCCUUUACCUGCCAACAGUGUGGAAAGAGUUUCAACCUAAAAGGAAGCUUACAAAACCACAUGAGAAUUCACACACGAGAGAAGCCGUUUGUAUGUGGUUAAGGUGGAAAGAGUUUCAAAUGUAAAGAAACCCUUGAGUAAUACAUGAGGAUUCAUGUAUGAACUGUUUUAUAUGUCUUCAGUGUGGAAUGAGAUUUACAGACAGGAAACACCUUGAGAAUCAUGUAAUAACUAAUAGAUGUUGUUUGUUAAAAUGUACAGUAUCUGUAUUCAGCAUGAUUUUCAAUGCUUGUGGCCUUAAAGACAAAUGGAAUGUAUUGAGUGUGGAAUCUGUCUAAAAUUGAUGCCAGACUACGUCCUUAAAGUUCACUUUUAAAUAAACUUUUCCUGAUAAUUUACU